CCCUCACUCAUCCUGCAGCAAAAAUGAGCAUUUCAUCUCGUACCAGAUCCAAACUUAAUCAAAGAGAAUCCAUAUCUCUGUUCUUAAAUCUUCCCGAAGGGGUUCACGAUGAGAUCUUUCUGAAGUUACCAGCGAAAUCCAUCUUGGUAUCUUGGUGUGUCUGUAAGCUUUUUUGUAAUCUACUUUCUAAACCUAAUUUCAUCAAAAAUCAUAGCAAUCGCACUAAUCAAAGCAAAACCAGCAACCCUAAGCUCUUGUUUACUCAAAUUCAGUCUUCGGGAGGUAAGCCCCCUCUGAUUUACUCUAUGCCUAUAGAUUAUUCUUCAAUUCCAUCAGCACCACCAUCAGAUGGAGCUCUUCUGAUAAACUACCCAUUUGAAUUUUUGGGUUCAUGUAAUGGCUUGAUUUGCUUAAGAAUAUUUAGUAUUGAUAGAGCUAAUUUUCACAAGGAAUUUAUUUCGGCGACUAAAUUCUGUAUUCUGAACCCAUUGACAAGAGAAUUUAAGGAAUUUAAAAGGCCUGAAGAGAGUUACAGCAAUGUUAGUGUUAGCUAUGGAUUUGGUUACGAUAGCAACAUUGAUGACUACAAACUAGUGAUGAUAUCAGAUUGUGAAAAAGGUGCUUGCUGUAAAAUUGAUGUUUAUACAGUGAAAUCAGAUUCAUGGAGUAGUAUUCAGGGCACAGUUAAAUUCUCAUGUCUCAGUGGUGAAGGAUAUAAUGGUGUGUUUUUCAAUGGAUGUCUUCAUUGGUUUGGAAGUAUUGGCAGUCAUGAAACGUCCUCUGAAGUUAUCUUCUCUUUUGAUAUCAGCAAUGAGAUAGUGGUGAAUAUGCCAUUACCUAAAGAUAUUAUGCUGCCUACGGAUUACACCGGAGAAGUUACUAAAAAUGUGGGAGUGUGGGGAGACUGCAUUGGUUUAGCUAUUUUCUGGGAUCCAGUUAGGAUUGAUGUGUGGGUGAUGCAGGAAUAUGGAGUGAAGGAAUCUUGGAUCAGAAAAUAUACCACAACACGACUGCCGGCGCGCUUGCAGUUGCAAGAAAUUCCAUUUUGGAAGCCGCAGUGGUGCUUUAACAAUGGUGAAAUUCUAGUAGAUUGUGGCAGGCAAAUACUUUUAUAUGAACCAAAAACUGGAAGAGUUACAUUGGUGGUGAUCCGUGAUAUUACUAUGGGCAGAAGUCGAGAGAGUUAUGUGGAGAGCAUAGUCUCACUUGGAUCUGGUACAUAUCUGGAGAAACCGAUUACAGAUGGGGUCAUGAAGAAUUCCCAGUGACAACAGGUGAGCAGAAAGAUAGGCAGAGACUGAAGGGAGGAGCUUGAAGAUAUCUUUGGUGGUGGUGGUGGUGGUGGUGGAUCUCUAUUGAUAGUCAGAUAUGGAAGAACAAUGAUCCACGUCUUACUUAAUUAGUAAUGAAUAAACAGAUGCAGAACUAAUCAACUUCAAUGAUGAAAGUAAGAACAAUAACAAAAGAUCGGAAUUGGAACUUUUGCUUUCUGUGUCAUCAUCUUGCUUUUGGAAUGUAAAUUUUAUGAAAGAUAGUGUCAGACCAAGACAAUAUACAUUGUUAGAUUUGCGGAGUACAAGUGCAUAGAAAGAUGAGAUCGAGGAUCAGCUGCGAACCAGAUUGCUCUUGUGAACAUGAACUAUCGGUUGCGCAAAACUGACAGUAGAAAAUGAUCAGCAAAAAUGAGCGUUUCAUCUCGUACCAGAUCCGAAUUAAUUAAGCAAAGAGAAGAAUGAAGAUCGCUCGUACACUGUGAAAUCAGAUUCAUGGAAUAUUGUUCAGCGCAACUUCAAUUACUCAUUUUGUGUUCUCUGUGAAGAAGUAUCUCAAUAUUAUACUGCUGGUAAAGGAUUUCAUGGUGUGUUUUUCAAAAAAGCUCUUCAUUGGUUGGGAAGUAUUGUCACCGAAAAAAACUCGUCCGAUGUUAUAGUCACUUUUAAUAUGAGCACUGAGACAAUGGUGGAUAUGCCAUUGCCUGAAAAUGGGAUGCCACCUAUAGAUUUUCAAGGGGAAAUGUACUCAAAUUUGGGAGUGUGGGGAGACUGCAUUUGUAUAGCUUGUAUUUGGGGACCAGUUAAAAUUGAUGUGUGGGUGAUGCACGAGUAUGGAGUAAAAAAAUCUUGGAAUAAAAAGUAUACCACUACCACAACCCAAGUACACGGGCCAUGUAUUCCAUAUUGGCAGCUGCUAUGGUGUUUUGACAAUGGACAAAUUCUAGUAGAGAACUGUCGCAGGCAUUUGCUUUUAUAUCAUCCAGCAAAUGAAAGCGUUAGAUCAGUGGUGGUCCGUGAUAUUACUAUGAAAAAUAAUCGAGAGAGCUAUGUGGAGAGCAUAGUCUCACUAAACUCUGGUACUUAUCUAAAGAAACGAAUUACAGAUGGGAUCGUGAAGAAUUCCAAUCGAAUAUAGUUAAGAUGAACAGGUAAUUAAUGUCAGAGAGAAGGCUCUAAAGAUCUCAUCAUUAUAACUGACAUCACAACAAUGAAUCACUGUAACUUUGGACCGAGUCUUUUCUUGUUUGAGCAAUGGUCCAUGAAGGUUUCUGCCAGUGAAGAAGUCUACCGUAUUUUGGAGUUUCAAAAUGCUACCGUGUGAAGCUGCAAAUAGCCUGAUCUUCACCUAGUUCAGUACGUUAUAUAUUAAACUAGUUCGAAUUUCGUUUAUUGUGUUAUGUGACCUUGUGUAGUUGCUUUGAGUCUGGAGACAGCCUACUUAGUAGUUAAACCGAACCUUUAAAUAUGUAUAUACUGCUGAAGCUGAUAUUCCUGUUGGGAAAACUUUAAUCCAAUAGAUAUUCGUAGUGUCGGCUAGUUGAUGUUUGAA